GGAGGGCUUUCGCACAGCACUGGCGCGACUGCGGCACUGCACCCCACCCGGGGGUUCCCUGCCAAAUACCCCCAAUCCGCCUGCCACCCCCGAGCACAAGGUUCACGGAUGCGUGGACAAUCGCAACUCGGGAAAAGGAUCAAGGGGUGGUACAAAAGAGACAGGGGAGUCGCAGUCGCCGCCAGUACGUGGAAGUAGUCAUAAUGCGACUGACAGUGCUAUCAAGGACGGCGAUCUUUUGGCACACGCUGCAUCCGCUCUCAAAAGAUUGCACUUUCAAUCAGCGGGUGGUAGUCGCAGCUGUCGGACUGUACCCAACAUUACAACGGUACCCCAGGUUGUCGUCUUCAGUUCCAGUACAGCCUCCAUCGAGACGACCAUCUACAACAGCACCGACAGUGCCAAGACAAUGGUCACUACGGUAACAACAGACUCGGAACAGCGUGACGACAGUCUUGAUCUGAUCGACGAGCCCUCGGAGAUGUCACCACCCGCUUCCUCAGUUAAUCAUUCGGCCUCACCUCCGUUAAAAAUCGAUUCAACAAAUUUAGAAAAUUUAUCAAAGAGCACAACAGCCAAUGGUACACAUCAGCGCACCACUGCCCCAAGCGUUGAUGCACCAUGUGGAGGUUCAGCAGGUGUCAAUACCAUUAAUGGUGUUGGUGCACCACCACCGACACCCCUUAUUGGUGCACGUCAGGAAAAUCGUUUUACAUUUACCAGUGGUAAAACACCGGCAUUACCCGAUCUCCGAACAUCUGACUUCAGUACUCCAGUUCGGGGAUCUGUGGACGCAGGUCAGCCAGAUCCCCAUCACUUGAACUCGAUGUUGGCCCUGGUAGCUGCCAAGGAGAGUAUGUUACAAGAGGAACCCGCUGUAAUAAAUCACAUAAACGCAAAUUCAGGCUUGAGUAGAAAAAAUGAUGCACAAAUAAUCGGUGAUGGUAGAGAGAAGGUGAAACAAGCUAAGGGAUCGGCCAAGCCGAGUAUAAAUGUCACCACAAAUCCUCUGGAUAUAUCACUCUGCGGUACCCAACCAACCUGCAACACCCAGACAUCGGGGAGUACCAGAGGCCGAGGAAGACCACCAGAAGCUCAUCCCCUCGUUUCAACCAUUCAUUCAUGGGUCAGGCUCUUUUUCCCGUUUUGCGCAAUAGGUGGAAAUGCCACCGGAACAAAAAGAACAGCGCAGGCUACAAUUGUGGUACAACAGCCUUCUCUAUCAUUGGAUGCACCAGCAGCGACAAUAUUGCUGAGACCGGACAUUGAUGCUAGAAGAAGAGAAGAGAACAUGCGACAAGUAUUCGACGUUGCUGGUACACUUACUUUCCAAGAGAUUCAUGACAUUGAAAUGAGAUACGGUAGUCCCCAUCACAGCAGAUCGCAAUCGGUGAAGACACCGGGGAGUCGGUCAUCGGGACGUCCAAAUUACUUGUGUCUUCCACAGCAACGAUCUCGUGUUGCCAGCAUGCCGAAUACCGGAGUUGAAGAGGAAUACUACAGACUGAGGCACUUCAGCAUAACGGGAAAGGGUGUCGUCAACCGUGGUGAUUCCCUUAAAAGCCGACGAUCCCGUUCCAACAACAGCGUUGCCUCGAGCAACUCCAGUACCGAGCAUUUAACAGCCUCUUAUCCGGGAUCAGCGAGAAAUUCAGCUGCUGGUUCGUUAGCGAGUUCGCGUGAAAGCAGCGCAUCACAGGGAUCAACUCCUUAUCGCGUACUCAUGCUAGGUGCACCGUCUGUGGGAAAAAGCUCACUCGUAUCACAAUUCAUGACGUCCGAGUAUCUGCACGCCUACGAUACCUCCAUCGAUGACGAGUCAGGAGAGAAAACUGUGAGUGUACUGUUGGCUGAGGAGGAAUCGGAGCUCACAUUUAUCGAUCAUCCGAGUGCUGAAAUGACGCCGGAAAAAUGCAUCGCAAUGUGUGAGCCUCAUGCCUACUGUGUUGUUUACUCAACGACGGAUAGAAGUUCAGCUAGGGUUGCUGAGGAAGUUCUCCAGUCGUUGUGGAGAACUGAUCACGUGUCAGCGAGGGCUGUGAUUCUUGUAGGAAAUAAAGCUGAUCUUGUGAGAUCUCGAGACGUUACUACAGAGGAGGGUAAAUCCAUGGCAACAGCUUACGAUUGUAAAUUCAUCGAGACAUCAGUCGGCAUAAAUCACAACGUGGAUGAGCUUCUGGUUGGUUUAUUAUCACAAAUACGCCUGAAAAUGGAGAAUCCAGAGAGGACACGUGAUUUGUUUCGAAAGAGAUCAAGGAAGACAAGGAGCAGAUCCCCUUUGAGCUCGUGCUCCGAGAAUAAUUCACCCAAGAAGUAUCGGGGUAGUCGCACCAGUGCCAGUCUCAAGGUAAGGAGUUUACUUGGUAAAGUGUGGGCCAGAGACAGUAAAUCUAAGAGCUGCGAGAAUUUACAUGUACUUUAAGAAUUUCAUUACACUUGAAAAAUAAAAAUACCAAAGACAAAAUUAAUUUAAUCGAUACAAAGUUGAGGAGAUGCAUUUGAUUUUUCACAAAGACUGAAAUUGGUGAGAGAACAAUUACUCACUCUGUCUCGCCCUCAUGAACGUUUAUUUCUCCGGUUUUUAUUAAAAAAUUGAAAUUAAUUAUCAGAUUCGGGAUAAAACUUGUGGAAUUUUUAAGGGUCAUUUUAUCUGAACUGAUAAGAAUCUUCUCAUCUCAGUUUUCACGGGCUCUUUUAAGUUUUUGGUUUAUAGUCUCGAGUUUGAUGGCGGGAAAUAUACUGUCGCAUUUACUCCGUGCUAUCAUUCCAUUUCGACCUUCCAAUUCUGGGGUCUCAUGGGCAUUCCGGGAAACAGUAAAAAAAUUUCAUUUCGACCCGACGGCCUGAGAAAAGGGUAGAAAUACUGUUGCUGCUGUAUCUUUGCGGGGAAUUUUUUAAUUUAAACUAGUGGCGAUUUGGCCGAGUGGUUGACGCACUGACAGAGUAUUAUGGAGGAUACGGGUUCGAAACUCGGAGGGAACUGGAUUUUUUUCUUCGGUGAGAACUCAUGUUCGGGUUGGAAUCAUCAGUUCAUGGGUUCCAUGAGUUCUAAAAGAACAAUUGGGUUCAUUGGACGGAUCAUUCCAAUGAAAUCAUCAGUUCAGGGGUCCAUGAGUUCUAACAAUUGAAUUAAUCGGAGGGAUGAUUCCAAUGAAACAAUUCAGGGUUCCAUCCGAACAAUUGCAUGCGUUCGGUAUUCAGAGAAAAUUAAUCAUAAUCAGUGGAGUUCAUUAUCAAGGACAUAUCCCAAAUAAUAAUAAAUGCAAGUUAUCACGAAAAAAUUAAACAUUAGAUAAUGUGUUAAGUCGAAAAAAUGGAGGGGCGAGACAGAAUGAGUCGUAUUACCAAAGGAUUAUCAUAUUUUGAGAGAUUCAACAUGAAUUUGAGGAUCGUUGAGCUUUAAGAUUGAUGUAGGGUAAUUAUAGUAAUUGAAGGAAGAGUAAUUAUCUGAGGAAGUCAAGAUCAGAGUGUACUGCACUGCAUUUGCGUAAAAAUACUCCAAUUGCGGUGAAUGGCGAGAGCAUUGAGAUGUUCGAGGUGUAUUUUUGAAUCCCAUUCCAAAUACGCUUGGAUCAUAGAAUAGGUGAACCUACGAAUUUAAGAGGAAAUACGUAAAACUAUGAAUUUUCAUCUCGAUGACACGAUUAAAAAUCAGUAGAACAAUUUGUGGUAAAUCUUAUAUAUCAUUGUGCAUAGGUAAAUAAUCCAAAGAUAUUUAUGAAAAAUCCUUAGAGUGGAAAUUUACUCUUCAACGUUCGUGACCGUAACAUGAAUUUACAAUUUUUUACAUUACGAUUUUGUACGUUGAAUCAUAAAAAAAAAUGAGUGGAAAUUUUUUAAGAGUGAACAAGUACAUAGAAAUAUAUCAAAUCACUUAUACAUCAUUCAGCGAUGUAAUGCCCAGCGCUAUAUCAUUUGGAACAUUUUCAUUUAUUUUCCGUUCAUCCAAUAUUUUUUUCUCCAAUGACAAAUGAAUAAUUGUUCAAAGUACACGAGUAAUCGAGCUAAUGUUCAAUUCAUUAUCGGAUGAAUUAAAUUAUUGGGUGACAAGUGAAUUUAUUGGCAUCCACACGAGGUCCAUUAGAUUAUAAGUCGUCGAAAAAAAAAGUCAAGUACAUAAAUGCGUAUGUGCUCAUUGAAUCGAUGAUCUAUUUUUUUUUUCGAGGUGAAAUUCAAGUGGAAAUGUGUCACAUUCAUUCGAUUAAAAUCUCAUUCGGCGAAACACAAGUUGAAUUCGCUGUUUUUUCAAUUUUGUUCAUGCAUUUUACCCUCCACUUCAUUUUACCCUCGUUCAUGUCUAUAGAGAUGAAAAGUGUUCAUCAAUCCCAUCAAUCCCUAGCUCUCCAAUAAAGUCCAUUCAAUGAAUAUUUUGCGUGAACUCUUUGUACUGUUCGUAAUCUUUCCAUUAUCAUAAAAUUUUCCCCUUGAAUUUCGUCUCUGUGAGAACGCAAUCAGCGAACAUAAUGCUGUGGGCGUUAUUCAAGUGCUGCAAUUUCAACAAAAGUUGAGGUUCAAAAUAAAUGGUCUUUGCAUUCAGCACAAAAAAAAAUAAUAAUCUGAAUUCUCCGUACUCAAGUGUCCCCUUUGAAGAGAAUAAUCAUCUCGUGUUCGAGUGUUACCUUGUUCUCCCCAAGACUGUUGAAGCACCUCUCCAAGUUUACAAUUAUUUGAAUCCCCAUUAUUACUCAUAAUAAUCAGUAAGAUCAAUUUAUUUCUUUGAUGGGUAUUUCCCUCGAAGGAACUAUUUACGCGGGAAUAAAAGAUAUCUUUCCUCGUUAACAGAAAGUACGUUGUCUUAUUUUCUUAUCUUAUUUUAUUCCAAUUACGGAAAUGUAUGAUAGUCAAUGGCAUUCCCGAGUCGGUCGUUAAUUAUAACAUUUAUAGGAGUGGCGAAAGAAAAAGAAAAAGGGAAGAAGAACGAAUAAGACAUAAAAAUAAAAAUAAUAUCUUCGAUUCGCUGGAUUUCUCGUUUCAUUAUGAAAAUUGCUAUUGGAUUAACAAAAGCCAUCAGCAUUAAUUCUUUAUGAUGUGAAGGCAAGUCACAAAAAGGCCCGGGAGAACGAAGGGAAAUGGAUAUCGAAAUGAGCGAAACUAAUUUACAUAUUUCAAUGAUAAAUGUCAUAAUCAAAACGUUGAAUUAUUCAUAAAGCUCUAGUGAAUUUAAAGAUUAAAGACAUGUCAGAUAUCAUUUUGAUAGCGAAUUAAUUGCGUUCGCAUGUCCGUCGAUUUUCAUCAGCCCAAGAGAUUUAGAUUAAAUGAGAAGAAAAAAAUUAUAAAAUUUGUCUAGAUGAUGAAAUAAAUCAUGUUAUUCUCUGUGUCCAUACCAACUCGUUUUGUGUUCCUAAAUAAAUGAUAAAUAACAAUAAUGAUAAUUGAUAAUGUCAAGGUAACGCCGGACUGCGUGAACAAAUUGAAUAAUAAUAAAAAUAACAAACAGCGUCUGAAAAGAAAAAAAUCAUUACCCAAAUGGCGCAAAGCUUUGACCAAUGUUCCAAUGAAUUUUAGUACUCUAGGUGCGGAGAUUAUUCUUAAUAGUUAAUUAACACGUACGAUAUAUUAGUAGUCCUAGCGGGCAUUUUGCGUCAUCGCGGAACAAUUGAAACAAUUAAAUUGACGAGUAAUAAAUCGUUUAAAUAAAAGACAAAAUAAUACAAAACAUUGUCCGUAAGGAAAUGGUGAGCGGAACAAGUAGUUAUUAUGAAUUUCGAUGACGUCGAGGCGGGAGAUCAAUCUCCCGUUGGAUUCGAGUCAUUUUUCAACCAAAAAAAAAUCCUUUCCAAUCAAAUUUGUGUGAAUAAUCAAUUGACGAAUACAUGUGGAAAUUAUUGAUAAACUCCAUCGAUUUCUGUAAUCUCCAGUGUCUCGCAUUCUUCGUGUAUCUCGUCAUACUAUCCAUUUCGUGGAGUAGAAUAAUGUGUUCCAUCAUUUUUCACUGCGAUAAAAAAAAAUGCAGAAAGAAUGAUUGACGCAUUACCUUGAAAUCGUAGAGAACUAAUAAUUCGAUGGUAAACGACAAAAAUGAUAAUUUCGAGUAAUUGACGACUUGAAAUGAUCAUUUUUAUUUUUUCAACAUAACAUGCACUUAUAUAACAUUAAACAAAUGUCGAAUUGUAAAUCCACGUGUCUGCACUAUAAAAAUAUGGCCACAAAUUAUAUAUUGUACGAGAUUAAAGGAAAUCCCGGAGAAACCCUUACUAGUGCGUAAUGAACGAUUGUCUGAUCCAUAACGUGUGAUCAAUUUUUUGUAGUCUAUGUUGGAUAAUUUAAAAAUUCAUUGUUUUAUA